GUGCCAUCUUGAAAUUUUGCGAUUGACGAAAUUUCGACGACUUUUGAAAUACAAAUUAUGAAAAAUAACGCCAUUAAGGUCUGAAAUCCUUCAAGGCCCUAAUGAGAGAUAUGUGAUCUUCACAAUAUCUACGAUCGAUCGGUGUACGACCAUUAUAAAGUCGACAACCUUGCCAAUUCAGUUGAUAUUUACGAGGCCCACCAAAAUGGCCAAUAAUAGAAAUCCUGGGGAGGGUCCCAACAGGAGGCCUGUGCCCACUCCACUGACAAUACCAACUUUAAAUAUCCCGGUUGUGACCAAGUCUGUGAGGAGUCCAAAUAUGAACUUGAUGCCACAUCCCCCGAGGAGCCCCGUGAUUUCACAGCCGCUGCAGGUUCCCCGGAGUCCAGUCAUAUCGCAACCUGUCACCAAUACAAAUGUCCAGGGGGUCAGGGGCCAGGCUCCUGGGACAUUGAUCCAGGCGAUGCCGGGAGUGACACAGGCUCCAGCUACUGGCGUCAGUGUUGGCCCGAUCCAGGUGCCAAACAGCGCGCCGAAUCUAACAAGCAUUACAGCGAGCGGUGCUGGCAACCCAAACAUCCCGGUGAACACACAGGGUUACCAGCAGGUGAUGCCGAUCCAGUUGCUUGCGAUUCCACAGACGCAGUCGAGUUCUGGAGGACCAAAUCAACAAAGAUUCCAACUUAUAUCCACCCAACAUUCACAGCAAGUGUUCAAAAAUCAAAUACCACCUGGUGCAGUGUUGUUGCAAAAUCCACCUGGACAGCAGCUUCUGGCUCCAACCUCGACGUCAACGUUUCAGCCGUUGAAGAUUCCGAAUGUUCCUCAACCGAUGCACACCAUGACAUCAUCGGUGAGCAGCUCUGCUGCGUUCUCCUCUCCUGUGGUCACUGUCACUACUGCUCAGAAUAUGCCUCAAAUUGCUCCAACAAUGUCUGCUCCACCGAAAAUGAUGCCAAGUGGACCUUGUCUAAACAUACCAAAAGUGCGACUCCACCAUCCUGCGCAACAGCAGAAUACCCCACUGACUGUAUCAACUCCAGCUGCAGCAAGCCAUCCAUUACCGAUGACUGUCGGCCCGAUACCCGUACUCAAACCAGUCAGCCCAAACAGGCCACAACUUACACCCGUUAGCCAGAACCCACCACAACUCUCUCCACACACCCCUAGUCACCCUGCGCCUAAACCAAGACCAGAACCUGAUGUGAAGCCAAGCACGAGCACCGAUAUGCCGAUGAAUCUAAAGACAGUUCCGAAGCUCGAGUCGGGGGAUCAGAAAUCGAUCUUCCCAGAUGUCGGGCUACAGGAGAUUGAGAAGAAAAUCAAGCAGGAGGCAAUGGACGUUGAUGAUCCACAGCAGGACCUGUCGACAUCAAUUGAAGAGGAAAUCGAGAUCCCCGUUGAAUACAAUAGCCCUGACUUUGUCUGGGAGGAGUACUUGGAGGAGACUGGUGCCACUGCCGCCCCACCAACGUCGUUCAAACACGUCGAAAACAGCCUACAAAGUGGUUUCCUAAAAGGCAUGAAACUCGAAGUCGCUAACAAGUCAAAUGUUGAUACGUAUUGGGUGGCUUCGGUAAUCAUGACAUGCGGGCCGCUUCUCCGGCUGAGAUAUGACGGCUAUGGCGAGGACAACGUUGCCGAUUUCUGGUGCGAUGUACUGAACGCGGACAUGCAUCCGAUUGGCUGGUGCGCGGCCAAUGGGAAGAGACUUCAGCCUCCGGAAGCGAUCAAAUACAAGUACGACAACUGGAAGGAGUUUUUGGUGAAGACGUUGACCGGGGCGAGAACAGCACCGUCGUAUCUUCUUGAUAAGAAAACAGGAACCACUCCAGUGGAUCAGAUCAAACAGGGCAUGAGAUUAGAAAUUCAGCACCAGCUCUAUCGCCAGGCUGUCUGGAUCGUCAAGGUGCUAGAAAACGUCGGUGGGCGCCUCCUGAUGAGAUAUGAAGGCACCAAUACUGCGGUACACGAUUUCUGGUUGUUCUACCUCCAUUCGCGGGUGCAUCCUGUUGGCUGGGCGCAUGAAAAUGAUUGUAUCUAUCGACCUCCUGAAGUUAUCAAAAGGGAACACACUAACUAUUCCGAGUGGUCGGAGAUUUUACAAUGUGCCAUUAAGGACUAUGACGACUUCAAACCACCGACAGAUAUUUUCAAGGACCAGGAAGAAAUCCCCGAGCAUAAAUUCAAGAAGGGCUGGAAGCUGGAGGUGCUCAACCCUGAGAACCAAACGCAAUUCUGUGCCGGGACGGUCAUCGAUGUCAUCAACGACUAUUACUUCAUCGUGGAGAUUGACGACCUUCGGGAAGGAGAUGAGAGAAGGAGUGUCAAAGUCUGUUGCCAUGCCAACUCCCCCAAUAUUUUCCCGAUCCAAUGGUGCUCUUGGAAGGGUAUCCGUCUGACGGUUCCGGGCGGUUGGAACAAGCCGGACUUCGACUGGGCGGAUUACUGUGAACAUUGUAAAGCGGAGCCAGCGCCAGAAGAAAUAUUUACUGCUGAGACCCCAGACCACGAGUUCAAACGUGGAAUGAAACUAGAAGCAAUCAACCCGACCCAUCCCUACCAGAUCUGCGCUGCAACAAUCACGAAAAUCAUCGACCGUUUGAUGUGGGUACAUCUGGAUAACUCAACAAAGCUUGUAGCCAAUCAUAUCGUCGAUGUGGAGUCACAUGACAUAUAUCCCGUUGGUUGGUGCGAGAGUAAUAGCUACCCGUUAAAGCCGCCUAGGAGGUCUGGAUUCACCAAGGGCUUGAAGAAACGGGUUGCAGUUGUCCAACCAGAGCGGCCGUUUGGUGAUACCCCGGAGGAGUUUCGCACGGCAGCAUUCUCCAUGAUGAGGAACGGAGAGACUCCAGCAGGAGUGGGUUCUUUGUGUCCCAAGAUCUACUACAACCACCGGUGUUUCUCGGGCCCGUUCCUGAGCAAGGGGCGCAUUGCAGAGCUUCCCAAGUGUGUCGGCCCCGGUCCUGUGAUACUUGUUUUGAAAGAGGUGCUAUCGAUGUUGAUAAACGUUGCGUAUAAAUCUAGUCGGGUGUUGCGGGAGUUGCAGCUAGAGGGCGAUCCUAACCCUAACAUGCAUCAACAGAUUCUCAAAGCCAAAUAUAAAGGGAAGAGUUAUCGAGCGACGGUCGAGUUGUGUAAAUCUGCUGACCAGAUCGAAGAGUUCUGUCGGCAGGUCUGCAUCAAGUUAGAGUGCUGUCCUAAUCUCUUCAGUCCGCACUUUGUCGACAGCCAGUGUCCUGAGAAUUGUUCACAACUCACGAAAACGAAAUAUACUCAAUUUUACGGUAAAAAGAAGAAACGAAAGAUUGGUCGUCCUCCGGGUGGCCAUAGCAACAUUGUCGAACCUGGGCCCAAGAAAACGGGUAAAUGUCGGAGGAAGCGGCGUAUUAAUAUCCUGCUGCAAGAAAAACAAAGCGACAGUGAUGAGAAUUUUGACGGGAAAGAUGACGAUCAGCGGAGUACGGAGAGUAAGGAUAUGAACAAUAGUGGCGCCUCCCGCGAUGACGAACCGUCACGAAAGAAACGGCGCUACAUGCGACACGUUGCCACGCCAACCGGUAUCCAAACACGUGGUGCUAAAUUGCCAAAGUUCACUUUCGAGCGGAAGACGCAUAAAAAGAUUAUGUUGUCGAAGAAUGAUAUUCCACCGCCAAAACCUGUGUCCAUGCAAACGCCAUUCAAGCAUGUGAAGCCUGAAGAUCGCCUGUGCCUUGACAGUAACCCCCUCGAGUGGAGCGUAGAUGACGUUGUCAUGUUCAUCAAGGACACUGACUGUGCCAGCCUUGCCAGGCUGUUCAGGGAACACGAGAUUGAUGGCCAAGCCUUACUACUCCUAACACUGCCAACAGUUCAGGAGCACAUGGAACUGAAACUCGGACCAGCAAUAAAACUAUGUCACCACAUCGAGAGAGUGAAGAUUGCAUUUUAUGAACAGUUUGCCAAAUGACUGCCAAGAAGAGAGUUGACUGCUGUGUUGAGAUGGAAGUGAAUGGCGGUUGAAGCUGCUAGCAAUAUCAUAAAAAAAGCAAAGUUGGUUGUUCUGAAUUGAAAUUAUGUUGGAGUCAUUUUCGUAUUCAGAUUUUCGUUUCUUCAGAGUUCGAAUGAUAAUAAUAAUACAAGAGAGUUAUUAUAAAGCGCUUUUCACUGUAUUAUCUACUGUCUCAAAGCGCUUUACAAUCACAAACAUUAUUACCCAGCUCUUCCAGGAACCUUUUUGGAGAACCAAGGGCUGCCACAAUCUGGCACACGCAAGGACAUUUCAGUUCUCUUGUUUUACACUAGACAGGUGUUCCUCUGUAAGAGUGCAGCCCUUGGCUGGGUCAAAAGACAUGAUGUCCUGAACCAGCAGUUCAGGAUACUGAUGCUGAUACUUUUAGUCUGAUAUUGCUAGAGUUUGAAGCGCGAUUCAUUGUGGAGAAAGAGUCAUGUGUAAUGUUAUGUUUCUUUAGUUUGUACCAGUAUCUGGGCCAUGACAGUCCUCUGGCUCCGGUGUGAGUAUUCUUGUUUGAGUUAUAGAUAAUUUAUUGAGAUUUUUAUUUCGUGAAUUCAAAACAGCCAAAUUUAUAUAUUGAUUUGAUUGAGUUAAUUAGUUGUAAUGGAUACAAUAUGAUGUGCAUGUUCAAAAUUGUUGAAUUAAGCCAUGAACAUGAUAAAAAAGACAAAGUGAAAUUAAUGGCAAUGAAAAUUGAGAUUUCAAAAAACCUUGCCUGUUCGAUAUUUUGAAAAAAAUUCGAAAUUUUUUUUUUGACAUUUGUCUCCACUCAUUAUUUUGGUGUGCCAAUUCAUUGUGCUUUCGAAAUUCAACCUUAGAAUGCUUUGCUACAGGUAGAAGAUAUUUUGUUCACGUGUUUGAUAUCAAAUUGCUUCUUCAUGUACACACUUUGAGAGAUGUUAUUUGUGACCCACGCUGGCAAAAGUAGGCACGUGCAGCUGAAGACAGAUAUUUAGUUUUUGCCAUGGGCUGAUUGUGCACAAGAUUACUUUUGAGAAUGUACACCACACUUGUACAAUCAUUUUCAGGAAGAAAACUUAAUUUUGAGGAAAACAUUUCCACAUGCGACGAGAGCAUACUUUUGCCUGAGCAAGUUGUGGGUCUUGAGUUCCAAACGGAGCAAAUUUUGUGUAUUUAUUUGUGUUUUAGUUCGUUCAUGACUAAACUGUAUCCACAUCUGAAUAAUACACAAAUAAGAAGAAGUGUUGCAGUCAUAACUCUCGAAACUUUCUGCCGUAUAUCGUUUGAUCAAACUCGGUGACCGAAUUCGUAUUAUAAGUAAAUGAUCGUGCUUUAGAAAAUUCUGAACAAUUUUACAUUCUUUCUGAUUCUAGGAUGAUUUUCAACACAUCCUUUCUGCAUUAUGAUUUCAAAAAAAUUUCAUCUCAUCUUUGUUUUUUUGCUGAAAUGUGGUUUAAACUUGCCGAGUCAGAAGGAUUUUAGAUUUUUCAGAAUUUUCCUAAGUUUUGUUUUCAUGUAUGAUAAAAGGGUGAGAAGUUAUUGUUGAUUGUAAAUAACCAUAAUGGAUAGAUUUAUUUUUAAUUAAAAUUAAAUUUCUAGAAACAUCAAACACAAUAGUCCCUAAUUGAAUAUCAUCUAAAGUGACACUGAUUGGCCUUGUAGUUACGAAAAAGAGUGUAGUGUUCAUCAUAGCAGAGGUGCAUGUAUUAAGUUGUAAGUACGGUAUCAAAUGUAAGUUGGAUAAACUUGUACAAAUAGUAGAUAAUUUUCAGGAUGAAAGAAUAUUCUUUUAUUUAUUGUGAUAUGCUAUUCUAUAUCAUAGAUUUGUUAACAGAGAUGGCCUCAAAGUGUACAAGGCUAUGUAAAUAGUGUCAUGAAAUGUUUUGCAUUUAUUAUCGGUGAUCCCAGCAAUAGAUGAUUCUCGGGCCAACUGCCAUGUUUCGUUGCCAGGGUGAUUUGACGGGAUUUCUCCUGUCCGACGUCACGGAAUUGACCCCAACCUUGGACCCAUGUGUAUGUUUGAUGCAACAUUGUUCGAUGUCCUGGGAAUCAUAUCUACCCAAGGUCUCGGUUGUGAGUUACAUUGUACAUGUAAGGUUAAAAAUAUCAAGUUGCUUGUGAUUUUGUUUUGUGGGGUUUUCCAGAAAAGUGUCACAAUGUAAAUUUCGGAUUCAAAUCAAUUCAGGGACAUGGCAAUUUGAGUUGGACGAGGGACAUGCAUUUGUUUUCAUUCACUCACUUGAACCUGCAUGAUUGGAGAAGAUACUGAUUUGGGAACACUAAGCAAAUUGUUUUGAACUUAUAUGCACAGCCUACACCAAAAACUACAUUGGUGAAUUCGAAUUAUUAGCAGUAUUUGCAUUCACCAUUUAGGGUCUGCCUAUCCAGACUACUACCGAAUUCCGUAUUGUACUGUAGAGAUCUGUUUUGAUAAAUUUCGUAUCAAGGAGAAGUCAUUGUAAUCGAUAUCAGCUAACUCUAUGCAAGUAUUCAAGUUAGUUAUUUUAUAGAAGUUGAUGUUACAUGGCAUGCUUAUGUUGAGAAUGGUAGUUGCGCAGAGUUUUGACCAGAAUGCUACAAUUUCUGUCAGGUUUAACCACCUUUAUUUUUUUCAAACCAAACAGUGAAAAAAUUCAAAUGGCCAAAGAUUUGUUACGGUUGGAUGUAUAAGUAUGUGUUAAUUCCAUGUUUUCUGACUCAAUCCAACGUGGGCAUUAUGAUUCCAUGAUAUUGUUAAUCUGAAAAUGUUUGUACCUCUUUCUUUGCCCUUCACACACAAUGUCAAUUACCGGUACGUUUUUAGCUCACCUCUUAGCAGAGGUGAGCUUAUCCCAUACCGUGGCGUCCGUCGUCCGUCGUCGUCGUCGUCGUCGUCGUCGUCGUCGUCGUCGUCCGUCGUCCGUUAGCAGGGCACGUUUCGUAACUGUUAGAGCUAUUGAGUUGAAACUUGGUACACAUGUACCCUUAUGUAAUGGCACCUUGGAGACCAAGUUUCGGUCCGAUUCGUUUCAUGGUUUGGCCACCAGGGGGCCAAAUGUUAAAAGUGAAAAUAUGCAAUAUCUCCCUUAAUAGUAGUCGGGAAAUUUUGAAAAAAAUAUGGUAGGUACUUCUAGGAAAGGUGCAUCAUAUAUCCUCCGGGUUUUUGAUUUGACCUCCUUUUCAAGGUCACAGAGGUCAAAUGGUGUAAAUUGGCCGUUAGGAUGUAACGAUGGCACGUUUCUAAACUGCAAUGACUAUUGAUACCAAAUUUGGUACACAUUUACCCCUUAGUCAGGUGAUCUCAGGGACCGAAGUUUGGUCCAAUAUGAUUCACCACUUGACCACCAGGGGGCAAAAUCCAAAAACCUUAAAAAUGUGAUUAUUCCUUAACUUCUUGCCCGAUUGCCACCAAUUUGAUAUCAUGGGUACAUCUAACCACCAUACAGUAUAUGUCACACAGGUUUGUAAUUUGACCUUCUUGUCAAGGUCACAGAGGUCAAAUGGCGUAAAUUCGCCGUCAGGCCGUAACUAUGGCACGUUUCUUAACUGCAAUGACUAUUGAUCACAAAUAAAGUACACAUGUACCCCUUGGUCAGGUGAUCUCAGGUACCGAAGUUUGGUGCGAUCUGAUUUGCCGUUUGGCCUCCAGGGAGGGGGCCAAAUCCUAAAUUCUUCAAAAUGCCAUUAUUCCUAGUAAUUACUUGCCCGAUUGGCACCAAUUUUAUAUCAUAGGUACAUCUAAUUCUAACAACCAUUCAAUGUGUCACCCGGGUCUUCUUUGAUUUGACCUACUUUUCAAGGUCACAGAGGUCGAAUGUACUGUAAAUUGGCCAUUUUGGGGAAAUUGUAAUUGCUUGGACCUACAUCAAACCUAACACUACAUGACACAAUACCAUGCUCUUUAUCCAUCUUUCCUCCACAUGAGGUGAGCACAAUGGCCCUGGCCAUUUCAUUCCUUGAAUAGCUUUUUGAAAUGAAAGUUCAGUUUAAUACGCUGAUCAAGUUUUGGUGGAACUCUCUCCGGCUUAUUACCAGCUGUCAGAUGUCAGUGAAUAUUGAACGCUGAAUGAACUGUCCUAUUGUUGUCCAUCGAUAUGGAAUGGAAUAAAGUUAUUUCUGAGUA